UCCGGUGUUAGGUUCCCCCUCUAUCCUGUACUGUUGCAGAUUUAGCCGUGGCUACACGCAACGUUUCAGUUUGGUCUCUGGCUCUUUCUCUUCCCUGCUGACGCUCCCGUAGGAGGCAGGAACGCUGGGUUAGUGAGGAAGCUUUGGCAGCCUUCUCCCUGCAGGCCCCUUUCCUCCCCCUUUUUUGCCAGCCCGUCCAAGCAUGGGUGCUGUCCGCUGGCACACCCACAACAUCUCAGUGUGCUCUUUGAUUGUGUGUGCAUGUUAGCCGUCCGUGCUGCACUGUCACAGGACUGGCCACCGGGACCCGGAGGUUUCCCGUCCCCACGCCGAGUGUCCCCGCAUUGCGAAGGCCGGUUCUCUUCAGUGUCUGCCUGCUGGCCUCGCUGAGAUUCGUCAGGGUGUCUCUCCAUUGCGCCUAUUCUUGGUGGUAUGCCCUCACGGUCUGUUGUGUUUGGAUACCCUGACAACUAGAAGCUGUGAGGUAACCACUUUCCAGCCUGCCGCCUCUCCGAACCUCCAGCGACAUGAUGCCCAAGGAGAGGGACUUGGAGCUGGACAAGAAGAUCGAGGCUCUCCGUAGGAAAAAUGAAGCACUCAUGAAGAGGUACAAGGAGGUGGAGGAGGACAAGAAAAGGGCAGAGGAGGAAGGAAUGGCACUGCAGAGCCGGAAGGGCAAGGCGGACGAUCUUACCAUCACAAUCAGCAAGUCCACCAGUGAUAAUCGUGUGGUUGUGACAAAACCAUUCAGCAGUGGUUCACCAGCUGGGAAAGGGACCCAGGAGGCUGGGCUGGACAAGGGUGGAGAGGGUCCACCGCAGGCUGCUGGCCGAGGACACAGGAAGCAGCUAGUAGUCACCAUGGCUGGCAAAAAGGGUAAGAGGGUGGUGAGUGAGAAGCCUGAGAAGAGGCCGGUCUCUGCAGACGUCAAGAGCCCUACUGAUGACGGACAGGCGAGGCGUGUGGAGUCGGUCGGGAGGGGGAAGCAGCCGUCUCACAUGACCAAGAGAGACGCAGCAGCGCAGGAUGAGGUGAAACAAGGGCAGAAGCACACCGAGGAGCAACACAGGGUGUCAGAGCAAUGCCAGGAGCCUGAAAACCUGCAGGCUGGCACAGACCUCAACAUCCCCACAUCGAGAGAGGAGCAGGAGGAGUACAUGCGGUGGAAGAAAGAGCGCGAGCAGAUCGACAGAGAGAGGGUGGCGAGGCACAAGAAUGCAAAGGGCCAGUGGAGGCGGGCUUGGGACAUGGACAAAACUGAAAACAUGUUUUCAGGCAAAUCCCUCCCUGACAGAGACUGGGGGCCUUCCAGCAGAGGUGGAAGAAAUGUUAGAAGAGGACAAACCAGAGCAGCUGGUGACCCAAGAGGUCAUGACAAGCGAGGCAAAGACAAGGGAGCUAAAAACGUGUUAGUGAUGAGCAGCAAAGCAAAAGGCAAAGAUCGUCUGACUGGGAGGGCCAGGAGGUGGCAGUCCAGUGAUGAAGGUGAUGACCCACAGAGUUGUGACACAACGCUGGAGGAAUUCCUCGAGGAACUUGACGCCCUCACAGACGCUGACGCAGAAGAUCUGAGAGAUCAGGACUCAAAAGCGAAGCUGUCGCCCAGCCCAGACUCACUGAGCAUGCCCGAGGGCGAGAGUGGUUCUGCAGCUGCGGAGACGGAGGACAUCCCCGCUCAGGCGAAGGCUGAGACCUCGUCCCCUCGGGGUUCGGAGAAGAGAGUGCGCUUCUCAGAGGAACUAAUCCAGGGCGCUCACCCAGUGCAAACCACAGGCCCUCAAGACACUCAAGAGUCCAGAAGUCAUAGCUCUGUAAAAGGAUCUUCACCUAAAAAGAGCCAAGAUGAAACACAGCGUUCUCAGCAGCCUCUUGAACGUGCAAAACAGGAUGAUGGUAGUCCUCAGGACAAAGGAGGCGGCCCUUCUGCUCCUCUUGUUACCCAGCAGCAGGAUUCAGACAAUGAAUGUACUAAAAAAGAUAUCAACCCCCCAACACCUCCCAGCUCUUCCCCAACAGAAAAGGCCUCCGCUUCUCAACCUGAGAGCUCUGUCGAAGAGCCUGUAGAGCCUGUAGAGCUUGGCAAGUGCAACAUCAGCAACACAAACACAGAGGAUCUUAUAGAUUCCGGUCUGUCUGUCCUGAGUCUGGAGUCAGGAGAAACACACCCAACACACUCCACCAGCAGUGACAAGGUCAGUGUGGGGGGCAGGAAGAGGGUUGGAAGAAUCAAUAGAUGUGUAAAUGGACUGACGCAGGCAAGUGCAAAUGGAUGAUGAGUUAAAUGGGGGAAGAGACAAAAAGCUACAUAGUGUAUCUGCACUGCAGCUGUGUGUUACUCAGUUUUGAUCCACCUCCUCGGAGGAAUGAUGGAGUGCAGGAGAAAUCGUCUCAUGAGAGAAAGCCUUCAUCUUGUCCACCACGGGUACAGACAAUAAAUGGCCGCCCACUCCAGUCAUUCAUAUGGAGAAGCAGUGGGCAUGCUUAAGUUGUGAAUAGAAAGGAAAUCCCACUUUUAAUUGUCAUUUACUUGUAUGUUUCUCUCUUCUUCUUUUUUUUUGCAGGCAAGAGAGCAUGGGAAGAUUGUUUGAGUGACGUAUUUGGGAUGUAAAUAAUGAAACCAAAACAUCAUUUUGCUUCAGGUAGCACUUUUGAGAUGCUCCAUUUAUGGCUUACCAGCAAAAGCAUGGUUUAUCUAAAAUUCGGCAUUAAAGCGGCAAGAAGUGUUUCAGGACAUUUCCCUGCUCCGAUUUUAUUUUAUUUUAUUUUGUUUUAUUUUAUUUUAUUUUUUUUUUUACAUCCGAGCACUUUAUAGUAUAAAAGUCUGUAUACUGACACAUUCUUCAGUAUGUUGGUAUGCUGCUCGAGUGCAAUAUCAUUGAAUGUUUACAUUUGUAUGAAAAUUUUUGAGGUACAUAUCAGGAGGCUAGCUAAUCGGUUUCACUUUGGUAGCCCUUGACAAUAAGCCACAUUCAAAUGAUCUAGUGCCUGAAUCUGCCUUAGAGGUAUUGCGAGUAUCAUGUGAUGAUACGAUAGGUACGGACCCUCAGUCGAGUCUGUAUUUCUGCACUCAAAUUGGUGUGUGUAGAUCCUAUUUAAGUGAUUUAACCACUUCCAGCAUCAGCUAAUGGCCUUUCACAAAUGAAAAAAUCAAUAAAUUGCUAAAUGCACAUAAUUCUGGAAUUCAUUGUCGUUGGCCAGUGACCAAGACCCUCCUCCUAAAGUUUCUAAAACGUUACUACUGAGAUAAAAAGUUUAAAGGAGCACUACACUGGUUAUAGAUACUUAGUGCCUCUUAGUGUGUGAUGCUAGUUGUAUAGUGGAGCUUCAUCAAAUUUGUCAAAAAGGCGCUUUCAGACCUCGGGAACUUUGUGACAGUUCCUGUAACUCUGGGGGAAAGUGCUGCUUUUUUUGUGUGUCUGCGCUACAGGAAGUGAGAACCAGCAUAAUUCUUAUAUCUCUGUUUUAAGCUCCUACUUUAGGGUUCGUACUUUACCAGCACCAGAGGAAGAGAAUAGAAGAGGUAAGUUUAGGCUAAUUGGUUGCACACAUAAGCCGCACGGUAUGGGUGGCUUAUCAGUUCAGUCAGCGGCUCUAAAUUUUAAACUCAUAAAAUUGGGGCACGGAGAAAUGGAUUGGUUGUGGGAGUACAAACUGAAAAACAACCCCCCCGACGGUGUAUAGCUCUCGGGGAACUCCUCUGGGGGUAGUUACCCUCAGAAGGAACCUGGAACAGUUUGGUCCGAAAGCGCUUAAAGGAUCAUGAUGUUGCCACAGCGAUGUCUUCAAGGUUAUCGGAUUUAUUUUUUUUUUAGACCAUGAAUUCACGACAGAAAAAGCCUACAAAGUGCCAGAUGCCGUGUUUACCAGGUAGAGAUGAACAAGUGCUAUCAAGCUGCACUUUAGUUUACUGUUACGCUAAAACAUUCGUCCACACCACUGGCAUAGAAGACAUCUGGAUGAAUGAUCAGUGACACUGUAAAUCUGUGGUAUUAACAUACUGCUGUUAAAGUUCUACAGCUGAACCCCAGUUAUCCUAGUCUUCCUCUGACCUCCUCAUUUUCAAUCGAAAGCUCAUUUGGGAACUAAACCUUUUUUUUUUUCUUUUUUUUUAAUGUUUGCUUAGAUAAGACUCUAGAUUCAGAAAAGUCGCACAGUCUCCAGCAUUUUUGUCUUUUGAGGCUCUCGGUUCACAUGGGACGAGCUGACUGGACAGAAUACUUCACCCAGAUUUACGAGGAUUCAGCUUUUUUUUUUCUUUUUCUUUUUUUUAGUUAACAAUCAAAACACUGGGGUUCAGCUGUACUUCACUUUUGCUGUUGUUUCGUCUUGAAAGCAAAUAUUUUUUAAAAAAGCUUCCCUUAAUUAUGAACCUUGCCAGUUGUCGUGCCUUGCAUAUUGGCUUCUUCAGAUAUUGAAGGUGUACCUUAAUUACUUGGUUUGUAUCAUAACUGUUCCGCGUACUGUGUACCGACAGUGCAGCAUUCAUUUGUUUUAUUUAUUUGCCUCUUGCCUUUGCAUUUGGACAACAGAAUGUUCCUUGGGAAAAUCUAAGACACUGUCAUGUGACAUGUAUGCUCUUUAUUUAUUGCUGGCCUGUCGUUUUAUUUUUGGGUAUCAAGCGACCAACAUAAUAAGAAGCCUUACCAGAACUCUGUCCUGAAGAAGUUUUUUGGCUUUCGUCAAAAUGCUACAGUAUCGUAAACAGUUACGUAACUGUGAGAAAAGAACACAGUGGCCAUGCUCCGCGCUGCAGGGCCCUGUCAACUUCUACUGUGGCUACAUAAAUUACACAUGAUCAGGAUGAAGCACAAUGGGAAAACCAAGAAGCAAGUCACAACGUCUGAAGCCAUCCAUCCGUCGAGGAAGAAAAUCACAUGAGUAGGGGCCUUAUUCUGUAUUAUAUGUGGGUUGUGAAUUACUAGUGAAGGAAACAUCUGUUUGGAAAACAGGUCGCUGAUUACCUCUAAAAUAUUUAAACCUCCCUGUGGGAUUAAAUUUUGUGAAAUGUACUUUAGAAACUGCUAUCAUAGAACAGUUUUGUGUCCUUGUUUAGUACCUGCUUAGUCGCCUUCCUUAAACGAUGACUUUAAGAGGCGGUUGUGAUUAUCGUGGUCCACCUCGGUGUGCACCGCUGUCCAUGUUUUUACACGCACUUGUGACAAAGGAAUAAUAGUGUGUGUAUACGAGUGUUUUUCAAGGUGUGAUCUCAGCUUUUUUUUUUUUUUUUUUUUUUGGUGAUUGGAGUGCUCGCGCUGAUUUGAAUCUGUGUGCAACAUGGCUUCAGUUACUGUAGAGCAGUUUUGAAGGAGAACAAUAAAAUAAACCUUUCUGUAUUUCAA